AUGCAUCUCGGAAAGACCCUCGCGCUCUUCAGCCUCAGCUCUGGGGCCCUUUCAUUCAAGAUUCGCGCAAUUUCUGGCAAGGAUUGCUCUGGCGAUGCUCAAGAAGUCAAUGUGUGGGACAAUACCUGCCGGGACAUGGAAGUCUCAAAGACAAACUCUUUCCGAGUCCUCUCCUAUGGAGCUCAUCGUCAGCGAGCUGACUUCUAUGAAUAUGGCGUGUGUCACGGACAAGUAUGGACUGAUUUCUGGGCGGAUGGUGGAAGCGAUACGUUUAAAAAGAAUGCAUGCAUCACUUUGGACUUCCAAUCGUCGGCCUAUGGCUCUCGUUCAUCUUAA